GUCAGCUAAACCCGAACAAAAUAUGGAUCAUCCAGAUUUUUCCACAAUCACAAUAUAGUAUUCAUUUCAUAUCACUUUUUCUCCUACUUCUCCUACAAGUAUAGACUCUUUACAUUUAUAGAAAGCUCACGCAUCCUUCAUUUCAACCCCAAUUCUCAACCCUAAAUCUUCAUCAUUUGACGAGAUUUUUAUGAAUGGAAAUCGCCGGGAAGAAGAAGUCGUCCAGUAUGCUGGCGCCGGGGUUCCGAUUCCACCCCACCGACGAGGAAUUGGUGCGCUACUAUCUGCGGCGGAAGGUCUGCGGCAGAGGUUUCCGCUUCCAUGCGAUCUCUGAUAUCGAUAUCUACAAGGCGGAGCCAUGGGAUCUUCCUAGCUUCUCAAAGCUGAAGACUAGAGAUCUGGAAUGGUAUUUCUUCAGCGUGCUGGAUAAGAAAUAUGGCAAUGGAGCAAGGACGAACAGAGCCACUGAAAAGGGAUAUUGGAAGACUACCGGAAAGGACAGGGCUGUCUACCACAGAGGGCAGAUUGUUGGGAUGAAGAAGACUCUUGUGUAUCAUAUUGGGCGUGCUCCAAAGGGACAGCGAACCAACUGGGUUAUGCAUGAGUACAGACUCACUGAUUUGGAGUUGGAGAGAGCUGGCAUUCAUCAGGAUGCAUUUGUGCUUUGCCGUGUCUUCCAGAAGAGUGGCUCUGGGCCAAAGAAUGGUGAACAGUAUGGAGCACCGUUUGUGGAAGAGGAAUGGCUAGAUGAUGAGUCAGACUUGAUUCUGAAAGCAGAAGCAGCAGAGGAGGUUGACUUUGAGGAUGAUGCUUAUUUGGAUGGUGAUGAUCUUGAGCAGAUCCUUGGCUCAGAUAUUCCAUCUGCAGAUUCUCCUCUUCAAUCAAAUUGUCAGCCUGCGGAUGGCAACUUUGUUGAGGAAACUGCAGAGUCAGUACAUGAUGGCCCAAAGCUCUUAGUGAAUGCCGGUGACCAGUAUUGUGAACCUGAGCAGCACGAGGACAAGAACUUGUAUGAUAUACCUGCUCUGCCUCCAUAUGAUAUGGACGUAAGAGCAGUCAAACAUGAAUUCAUUGGUGAAUGUAGCAAGUCGGGGAAUUCUGACGAGUUGGAUUUCUUACUUGAUGAACCACUUCAAGAGAAUCCUGAUGACCUGCCAUAUGGCAGUGUGGGCUUCAUUGAAGCUAGUGAUCUAUCACAUCCCGUUGAAGCUAAUACCUCUCCUCAGGACAUGCUUGAGGAGUUCUUUACGUUCUAUGAUGCCAAUAUCGACAACUCACAGGACUUUGCAUAUGAUUCCUUAGCAAUGCUGGGUAGCGAGGACCUUAUUCCUGAUCAACUAUUGCUUCCUCCUGAGGAACCGGAAGUUGGAGGAGAUCUAUCUACUUUACCCAGUGGAGGACAACCUCUCGACAACAAUAAUGGUGACGCUGCAUCAUCAUCUGAUAAGCUUGACUCCUCCACAUAUGAAUCAGAUUUCCAAUAUCCAUUCCUCAAACAGGCCAGCCAGAUGUUGGGCAGCAUCCCUGCUCCGCCAGCCUUGGCUGCUGAAUUUCCUUCAAAAGAUGUUGUGCAUCGUCUCAAUUCUUUAUCGCAGCCUUCUACUUCAGUUCAUGUCACUGCCGGCAUGAUUCAGAUAAGAAAUUUGUCUACGAAUGACAAUGGAGUAGACCAGUUACUAAGCAAGCCCGCAAACCUCAACAUUGUUCUUUCAUUUGGCUAUUCACGAGGCGAAGAUGGUUCUGCCCAUCUGGAGUCGAGCGUAAGCCUACUUCCCGGGAAGACAGUGCCAACGCUCUCGAGGGGUUGGUUCUACUUCAUGUUCUUCUGGAUCCUUGUGCUCUCCAUCAGCUACAAGAUAGGGAGCUGUAUAUGUGCAAAGUAAUCUUUUCAGGGAACCCCACCCCACCAGCCAGACACCACUCUAACUCUCUAAUACGAUCGCGUAAGCAAAGAUCUCAUCCGCAUACUCGUCGGAUGUUGUGGCAUUUGCUUUUGUCGAAACAGAUGUUUAGGAUGAAUAGGUUUUUAAGUCUUGGAGCAGUGAGAUUGGCUUCCAUCAUGCUGCAAAUUACUGUUAAUUGAAGUUUCUUGCUGAACUAAGUUGUGAAUUUAUCAGAUACAGCCUCUGCCUGUCGCUCCACAUACCUGAUUCUAGGAUGUUCUUUUCAGUUUCAGUGUGUGAUUUUAUGCCAUCUUUGAACUCAAUAACGGCGUCUUGAAUUUGGAAGUCUUGAGUUCUAAGUCUGAAUUCUGUUGAGACGUUGGCGUAAUUUGGCGCCCUUUUUGAAUGUGAACGUCUAUCCAUGACUUAAUGUUUUAACACGGCAUUUUCUUCUUCAA